AUGCACACCCUUUCCCUUCUGCUCGCUGCUUUGGUAGCAAGCGCAGCAGCUGCCCAAGUGCCGUUCACCCAAUAUGCUGAUGUUUCUUCGCCAGCAGCACUUGGUGUGUCGGUGGAUGCUCAAGAGGCGUUCGCAGAUCCAAACCAGGGCUUUCAGUUCACAUCGCAAGGCCCGUUGCGGGUCGAGCUGCCAUUUGCAACUUCGUCCAGAACCGACAAAGGAGCGCCGAUGACCGUAGAGCAGCUGAUCGCUCAGCAGGGCUCCAAACACACUGUUCUGACCCACUCGGAGUUCCCAGAGAUUAGCGUCCGAAUCAAGCGCAUCUCUGCUGGCAAGAACAGUGGUCAGACGUUUGGCGCCAAUGAGAGCUUUUGCGACCCUAGCGUGACCAGCUGGAGUGGGUACAUCGACACCAUCACGGGCAAGUCACUCUUCUUCUACUUCUUCGAGUCUCGCAGCGAGCCAAGUAAGGAUCCGCUAAUCCUGUGAGUGUAGCCGCUUGAGUGCUCAUGGUGUAGAUAGCAAGGAGCUCACGUCCGCUCCUCUCACCGGUAAGUUGGACCAAUGGAGGACCCGGCUGCUCCUCUGCGAUCGGACUGUUCCAAGAACUCGGCCCUUGCCGCGUCAAAGACUCUGGGGGAACAGGCGCUCGCAUCGAUGGCCCACCCAUCAACGGCACGGAAGUCAACCCGUACGGGUGGAAUGCCAAGGCGAAUGUCAUCUUCAUCGAUCAGCCGGUCGGUGAGUGCUACGGAAGGAGUUGCGUGACGGAAAGCGCAGCUUUGCGCUGACCCUUUAAACCCUCGUUCCAGGUGUUGGCUACUCCUACGCGCGCUUCGGUGACUUGGUGUAUGAUUCGGAUCAGGGGGCCAAGGAUCUAUACAAGGUGCGGUCAUAGUCUGACUCAUGUCUCGCACGCCAAGUAUGCUGAUGACACGAACGACGACGUCUCCUAGUUCCUGCGCCUGUUCCUAUCUGCGUUCGACCGCUUCGUGGACAACGACUUUAUCAUGACUGGAGAAAGUUAUGGCGGUCGAUACAUUCCACGCUAUGCUGCGGAAAUCGCUGAUCGCAACUUCGCACUGGAGACCAAAGCUGCGCGUCACCACAAGAAACUUUCUCGCGGGGAAUUAAUCAACUUGAAGCGCGUCGCCAUCGGCAAUGGCUUGACAGACGACGUAGCGCAGACUCUGAGUUAUUACGACUUGUGAGUGCAACACGGAGGCUUCGAGGCCGCGGUGGACUGCCAGGAACUCUGACGCUGAGCGUUCGCCGCCAGCACUUGCACCGCCAAGGGCGGCAACGAGCUAUAUCUCGACAUUCGCACCUGCAAGGAGAUGAAGUUGUGAGUCAUGCGGUGUUGAUUGGGGUGGCUUUCCUGCUGAUAGAUCAUCUUGGUUGCUUGAUAUAGUUGGAGGCAAAGAUGCGAAAAAUGGCUGCCACAUGCGGUGGGUUCCGAAUCACAUCGAGGAUCCGAUCUCGUCCACUGACUUGAGCUUUGAUCUGUAGUGCCGGGACUCGCACGACGUCGCACUGUGCCAAAAUGCUUUCGACACGUGCUUGGAAAAGCUCGGGGGACCUUAUCAGCGAACGCUGAGAAACCCCUACAACGUCAACGAUGGCUGCGAGGUUGGCCUUGAGCCAAAGUGAGUUCAACGGACAUCCAGGCUUACUUGACGCUUGCUGACGCCUCGACUCUGCAGCUUGUGUUAUCCAAUCGUGGGAGAUAUCACUGCGUACCUGAAUCGCGAGGACGUGCGCGAAUUGCUCGGUGUUGCACCAGAAGCCGGCAAGUACACCAGGUGAGUGCCGGAUGAAGCGUCUCGGGUGUCGUGACAUCCACAUUCAGCCUGACCAACGCUUGAUCGCCUUACAGCUGCAAUGAAAAGGUGCACGAAGGCUUCGGGAAGAGUGGAGACUGGCUCGUAGACAACACUCUCUACAUUUCUGGUCUCCUGGAGCGCGGCUACAAAGUUCUCAUCUACGUGGGGUGAGUGCGCUCAUUGCAGGAGACUCAGCGUUUAGGCUCACGCGGGACUGCUUGAUUGCAGAACACUUGAUUGGAUCUGCAAUUGGCUUGGUAACAAGGCAUGGGUCAUGAACAUGCCAUGGACUCACGCCGAAGAGUUCCAUAAAGCCAAGAAUUACGUGAGUUGUCUAGCAAGAACACUUUUGAUCGCGACGCUGACAGCUGCCCGCGUUGCGCGUACGCUUCAUAUUCUCUAGCAAUGGCUUGUGGAUGGUCACGAAUCUGGUGAAGUGCAGCAAGGUGGCAAUUUGACGUGGGCAACAGUUCUGGGAGCCGGUCACAUGGUUCCUUACGAUCGUCCCAAAGAAAGCCUUCAGCUUCUCCACCGCUGGCUCAACAAUGAACGCAUCUGA